AUGGGGACUGCACGUUUUCUACUACCCGAAUUCAAGAAAGCCACUUCCCCUUUUUUUCGUGAUCUCCGCCAGUUUUCGUCUUCCGCCGCUCUGAUCCGACGUGCCUGGACUAUCUUUCCGGAGGAGCCCGAAUCAGAUGACCAGGAUGGCGGAAGCUCCGUUUACAGGCGCGCACUCAAGUACCAGCGACCCAUCACCAUUCAAUACGAUGAAAACUUGCGCAAUUCUGUCAGCUUAAUUGGUACUAUAGACUACCCUUUCAAAAAAUGCAAUACCACCACAGGACAUUUUGGCGUACAUACUAUUCUCAAUGUCAAAAAUUCCCCUGGCUCGUACCGCGACUUGAAGGUACUGCUGAAAAUGUGGAAUGAAAUGGCGGAAAUAUCGGUCCAGCAUCUGAAGCCAAACGAUUUAAUAUAUGUUUCAGGUUAUCUAGGAUGGUAUACCAAGUUGGAAGAAUAUGGGAGGUGUAUCCGUUGUCAUGAGGUUCAGGUUAAGGAGAUAAAUCUUGUUGCUCAAAAUGGUUUGGCCCCGGCUUGCAAGAAAUCAAAAAAAUUGGAAUCGGGAGAUUUGACAGUAGAUUAUGCACAGAAGAAACGAGACAGGCUCCAUUUAUGGCAAGUUUUCUUUGCCAACCCUAAUGAGUGGUGGGAUAAUAGGAAGAGUAAACCUCACCCAAAUUAUCCAGACUUUAAGCACAAGGAUACCAGUGAGGUUCUUUGGCUCCAGGACAAUGAUCCUCCAUGGAUCAAACAACAACUCCAAUUGUACGAUACUAGAUGGAGGGAACAGAGUCCAGAAAACACAUUAGUCCCCUUUGGUUUAUGA